AUGAAGAAAGAGGGGUUGCUCAAAUGCCUCAUUGGGAAGAUGACAAACUUGGUCAAGAAGAGCAAGGAGCGACGCAAGAUCAGCAUCGGUGUCAAGGACAUCAUGACUCAUGUCAAUGAGGUGACAGAGCGGUGUCUCAGGUACAAGGUCGACGAUAUCAUGGCUAGGCCAGCCACAGCAUCGAUGGUUGAUCCUCGUCUUGCAGCUAUGUUCAGCAAAGUGAAAAACCUUGUUGGCAUCAGCAAGUCAAGUGGUGAACUCAUCUCCAUGCUGCAGCCCUUGCAGCGGGGUGAUGCUACCAAUGUGAAGAUGAAGAUAGUAUCAGUUGUCGGAGUUGGUGGGUUAGGCAAGACCACUCUUGCAAAAGCUGUCUAUGAUAAGCUUAAAGAUGAUUUUGAUUGCAAGGCAUUUGUUCCUGUUGGUAGAAAUCCUGACUUGAAGGAAGUUCUCAAGGACAUUCUAAUUGAUCUUGAUAGUGACCGAGACCUACAGUUAAGCAUGGCAAUAUUGGAUGAAAGGCAGCUCAUAAACAAGAUCCGUAAAUUCUUCAUUGACAACAAGAAAAGUUAUGGUAUCUGA